AUGGCGUGGCCUUGCCAUGGUGGGGAAGAUGUCCCUGACAUGCAGGACUUGACACUUCUUCAAAGGUCCUCAAUCUACGAUCUUCUUAAGGGUGCCCAAAUCCCCUUCAUUGCUACCGUGGACGUGGUCAAGCCGUCUCCUUUCGGUGUUGUCCUGGUCUCCAACAUCCCGUACGGUGUCACCCGCGAGGAGGCUACCCACUUCCUAGGAUCUGACUAUCAGUAUCUCGCAAACCACAAUGGUGCCUGUCCCAUCCAUAUCAUGAUGGAGCGUUCCACUGGCAAGACCAUGGAUUGCUACUUUGAAUUUAUCACUCAGGAACUUGCUGAAAGGGUAGCUGCCCGCCUUAGGGUUGCUUAUGAUGCUCGCAGUGCUCCCAAAAUGGGUAGUCGCCACGUCGAGGUUGAGCUCAGCAGCCAGAACGCCCUGCUCAAGGCCUUGUUUCCUCUGGCUAAGUGUGUCACAUGGGAAAAUGGCUCUCCUGUUCUGCUGGAAAAUGUCGAUAAAUGGUCGACCGGUUUUGAUGGCUUCCUCACUGACGAGGAGCUUUUUUGCCUUGGUCGUCAUUCGGACGCACCUCACCGGAGUGCAUUUGCAAGCAAAGUUCCCCAGCGAUGCUAUGAAUCCAUCAUCACCACUAUCUGGAAGUUCCCAUGGUAUGCAACCGGCAUGUACACUAUUCACACUCGCAAUCAGGUCUUUGAUCUCCUAAAGAAGAUGGUCGACAAUCUUCGGAAUCACUUGCAAAGGACCACCCGCACCGUGGGUCUUGACCAACGCCUGCUCCGUGAACUUGCCUGGUGUGGAGUUCUUUGCCCUGGUUUCAACCCACGCCAGAAGUAUUCCAUUGCUUACAAAUCUGGCUUGGACGAAUUCGACAACGUUCUGGAUCACGACUGGUGCCUUUACUUUUCUUUCGACACUUUGAACUACGCGGAUGAUCACCCACUGCAGGUUUAUCAGUCCUAUGCCUUCUUGGUAUCCAAGGGUUCUGUCAGCAGCACCGAGGUGGCAGGCUUGCAUAACCGCCACACACAUCCGAAAACCCGCAGACUGUUUGGAAGGUACUUUUUCCAAUGGGAGGACGAACCUUGCAAGAACAUACUUUUCAAAGAUGCGAUUGACUACGAGAUGUGCAUCCUUCGCCAAUUUAUCAUUACUGGAUUUAGGGACUACCACGAAAUCCCACGUCAUGACAGCGACUAUUCGAUUGGUGCGCCUCCUGAUUCUCCAACAGCCAGCGAAAGAUCCAUUGACAGCCAGCGAACGAUUUCUGCCCUCCCUCCCACUGCCCUGGCUCACCCUGCUUCAGCUAACCGCGAGCUCAUACCCAUCCCUGCUCCAGCUCGUUCUCGGCGUCAACUCUCCCUUGGACAAGCUAUUUUUGAUCAGGGGACCCCAUUUUCUCCUGAACAUACCGUUGAGAGUGGAAACUCGCAGACUCGCUCCCAACGUCAAGCGUCCUCGCCCGAUGCUCGUUUUAGUCUUCAUUUGAUCUCAUCUGGUCACCAGCAGGCCAGCGAGAGUGGAAGCUUGCAGCGUCGCCCUCGACGCCAUAUGUCCUCACCUGAACAGGCCCGUAUCAUUGAUGAAUGGGACCCACCUAUCCCUAAGCAACUCACCGACAGCGAAAGCUCGCAGAUUGAUGACGAUGGUUCUUCUAGUUUGUCUCCACCUUCUACGCCUCGACCGGCUCCCGCUACACUAAACUACACGGAUGCCAAUUUCCGACGACCUACUUCACCCAAGCAGACUCGUUUCACUCGGCAGUCGAUGCGUCUCUCUAAGCAGCUCGACGAUGAGGUGAUCUCUGAUUCCUUUGAUAGCAUGUCCGAGCCUCAUAUGUCCAAGUAUCAAAACCGCGCUGAAUUCGAUCGGGAGUGGCGUUUUCCCUAUGAAAAAGGAGCUCCUAACAUUCCACCACCAAGUGCCAUCCCUAUGCACCGUGCGAUGCAGCGUCCUCAGGGACCUGAGCAGGCUCAGCAAGCUCAGGCCCCGCCAAUUCCUCUCUACCGCACCCCGCAUCACCGUGCAACGAGCUCAACAUACAGUCAGGCCCCAACUUACCAUGUUCCGCAUGCUACCGCACAGAAUAUCCGUUCGCACUCUGACCCCUUUGCUCCUGGUCCCUAUGAGGCAUCUAGCAGCCGUUCUCGAUCUGACAUACCUUCUGAGAUCCCCCUAUCAACACGCCUUUCUUCGAUAGCGUGCGUCAGGGCCAGCGCGAGCGAUACGAGCACCACGAGUAUGGUGCCUGCAACUGAUCGAUAUGGCUUUUCUUGA